UGAUAUUCAAGGCACUUGCGGCUCGUCUGCAGCGAUAGGAGAAAAAGAGGAGAGAAAGAGCGAGCCUCACCUCCUCAAACAGCGAGUGAGGAAGGGAAAAGAGCCAGAAAGCGACAGUGAGAGACAGAAGAAGAAGAAGAAGAAGAAGCUGUGGAGUUAAAGGAGAAAAGACGACAGCGGCUUGGACCUCCAGCGAGGAGUGUUUAUUUGUCUGCGCUUUAUUGUAGAAAGUGUCUUAACAUUCACAGUGAUUCGACAUGUCAUCGUCCGGUAAAGACAACAGUGGUGCCCAACAUGCCAAUUACGUGGGACCUUACCGUUUGGAGAAGACGCUGGGCAAAGGACAGACAGGGUUGGUGAAGCUUGGAGUCCACUGUGUAACGUGCCAGAAAGUCGCCAUUAAGAUCGUCAACCGUGAGAAACUCAGCGAGUCAGUACUAAUGAAGGUGGAGCGAGAAAUAGCUAUCUUGAAGCUCAUAGAACACCCGCAUGUUUUAAAGCUACACGAUGUCUACGAAAAUAAAAAAUACUUGUACCUUGUUCUAGAACAUGUGUCUGGUGGCGAGCUGUUUGACUACUUGGUGAAGAAAGGCAGGUUAACACCUAAAGAGGCCAGGAAAUUCUUCAGACAGAUCAUGUCUGCGCUGGAUUUUUGCCACAGUCAUUCCAUAUGCCACAGGGAUCUGAAGCCAGAGAACCUGUUGCUAGAUGAAAAGAACAACAUCAGGAUAGCAGACUUCGGCAUGGCCUCCCUUCAGGUUGGAGACAGUCUGCUGGAAACCAGCUGCGGAUCUCCACAUUACGCCUGCCCAGAGGUCAUCAGGGGGGAGAAGUAUGACGGGAGGAAAGCAGACGUCUGGAGCUGUGGGGUCAUUCUGUUUGCCCUGUUGGUGGGUGCGCUACCGUUUGAUGACGACAACCUGAGGAAUCUGCUAGAGAAAGUGAAGUUGGGGGUGUUUCACAUGCCACACUUCAUACCACCAGACUGUCAAAAUCUUCUCCGUGGUAUGAUUGAAGUGGACGCCUCUAAAAGACUAACGUUAGAACAGAUCCAAAAGCACACAUGGUACAUAGGGGGGAAGAAUGAACCAGAGCCAGAGCAGCCCGUGCCCAGGAAGGUGGCCAUACGCAGCCUGCCCUCUGCAGACGACAUCGACCCAGACGUACUGGACAGCAUGCACUCACUGGGCUGCUUCAGGGACAAAAACAAACUACUGAAGGACCUGCUCUCAGAUGAUGACAACCAAGAAAAGAUGAUCUACUUCCUGUUACUCGACCGUAAGGAAAGGUACCCGAGUCAGGAGGACCAGAACCUGCCCCCACGCAAUGAAGUCGAUCCUCCAAGGAAGCGGGUGGACUCCCCCAUGUUAAACCGUCACGGCAAGAGGAGACCAGAGAGGAAGUCCAUGGAGGUCCUCAGUGUGACGGACGGAGGCUCGCCAGUACCAGCAAGGAGGGCAAUCGACAUGACACAGCAUGGACAAAGUAAAUCAGUGUACAGUAAAAGCCUGGAUAUUCCAGACGCCGGUACAAAACGCAGCAAAGAAGAAAGGUCGCGGUCUAUUAGCGGAGCCUCCUCCGGCCUCUCCACCAGCCCCCUCAGCAGCCCACGGGUCACCCCUCAUCCCUCCCCUCGAGGCAGCCCCCUCCCCACCCCAAAGGGCACUCCGGUGCACACUCCCAAGGACAGUCCCUCUGGGACCCCCACCCCGACGCCGCCCCCCAGCCCGUCCAUCGGAGGCUUGCCUUGGAGGACGCGCCUCAACUCCAUCAAGAACAGCUUCCUGGGCUCUCCUCGCUUCCACCGCAGGAAACUCCAAGUUCCCACACAAGAGGAGAUGUCCAGCCUCACACCAGAGUCUUCCCCAGAACUUGCCAAAAAAUCCUGGUUUGGUAACUUCAUCAACCUGGAAAAAGAGGAGCAGAUCUUCAUCGUCAUCAGAGACAAGCCUCUUAGCUCCAUCAAGGCUGACGUUGUUCAAGCCUUCCUCUCGAUCCCCAGCCUGAGCCACAGUGUGAUCUCUCAGACCAGUUUCCGAGCAGAGUACAAGUCCACAGCGGGUCCCACAGUCUUCCAAAAGCCGGUUAAAUUCCAGGUGGAUAUCACCUACACAGAGAGCACAGCCGCCACCAAAGAGAACGGCAUCUACUCUGUCACAUUCACCCUGCUCUCAGGACCAAGCCGACGCUUUAAGCGGGUAGUGGAGACGAUUCAGAGCCAGUUGUUAAGCACACACGACCAGCCUGGGGUCCAGCAGCUCUCUGACGAGAAGAACGGACAGGUGCCCUACCCUUCUGGCACACCCUCCAAGCGCUGCCCCUCGCCAAUGCACGUCCGGAGGCAUGAGCCUGAAAAUAAUGACACCAAAUGUCCUGUGGCAGGCCGAGAAAAAGCCAGGUUGUCGCUGGCAUCUGUGGGGACGCAAGAGGAGUCUUAAAAACCAAUCACAGUAUCUCUAUGAGCCAGAGGAACAGAGGGAUUACCUCUUGAAACAGCUGGAUGUACAUAAUCAUUUAUGGACAUUUUUUAAAAUGAAUUUAUUUAGAUAGAAAUAUAUUAAGAGAAUCAAAGUGAUAUUUUGAGAGAAAAAAAACACACACUACACAUCACAACCACACACUCCUGUCCUUCCAUCUCCCUUUCACCACCCCACCAUCAUUAUCCCCCAUCUCCACCCCGAAUAUUUGAUCACCUGUGCUCUGUUUGUGCUCCCUUGCUGCUAACCUGUGUGAUGACCUGACUUGUUUCUGAUACCAGGUAUCAUCCAGAAAACCUAUUAAGUCCCUCCUCCUGCUCCCCACUCCGUCAAGCCUCCUCCAACCAACCCCUGCACCCCCCCCCCCGCCCUGAGCGCGCCGAAAGAGAGACGGACAUUUGUUGACGGAGGACUGCUUUUCAGAGGUGCGCCAAAGGGUGGGGGUUACCAUGGAAACAGACCCUUCAUGCAGACUUCUGCCUUCAUCUCCCUCUGAGCCCCUUUUUUCCCCACCUCCGGCAGCCAUCAGUAGAAGUAGAUGAAAAUACCUUAAGCGUCCACCCUCUCCCAUCUGAGAAACACACAAACACUCACAUGUGCACAAGUAAUACACACACCUCCCAAUAAAAACCAACAUCCUCCUCUCCAGCCUCUUUCCCCUCCUCAAGGAGCAUUCGUUAUUUGGAGAACAAACAUUUUUCAAAAAGACACUACACAAAGAAAACAUAAACAUGCAUACAUGCACAGGUCCAGUAUGCACUAUAAAACUCUGGGAUGUAUUAACAAGAACACAAAAGAAGACACACUGACUGAUUCGUAGGAGGAGAGAAGGGGGAGGAGUUUACGUGGAAACGCCCAAAACAGCCGACGCAGAUGCUUGCUGGAUUGUAUUUCUUUGCUUUUUAAUGUACUUUCUUUGGGAAAAAUGGGUUGAAAAUACUAAAUGACUUUAAUAGACUUGACACUAUUGCUGCAAAACGGACUGGAAUUGUGAUUUCAGAGAGGAGCGGGGUGAGAGCAGAACAGGGAAAAG